GGACCCAAAAAAAAAGUUGUCGAGUAAACGGACUGAAAGAGAGGAAGAAAAAAAAAACGGAACCCUUCCCACUCUCCAAAAAUCACGGGGAGCGACUGUGACAGGAGGAAGGGGACAGAGAAAGCGAGAGAGGGCGAGGGAGAGAGAGAGAGAGAGAGAGAGAGAGAGAGAGAGAGAGAGCUGAAGAAGCCUUCGCAGGACUUCAUCACAUUUCUUUCAGGACUGUACGGACCGGAACGGAACACUAACCAAUCACUAGACUGGACCGAUAAUCAAUAGCGGUGAUCAGCAGCGGAGUGAGAACUAUUGUGGAGACUCUUGGGGGAGCAUGCGGCUCAGUUUACUAUUCAGGCUCUAUGUGCUGUGGGGCUUUGUGGUGGUCACGACCUCCGUGACCAAGGCUGCCAAGAGGAAGGUGGCAGGCCGACGGUCCAGGCAGGUGUUUGAGGCGGAGCCUGUGGAGGGCGUGUGGUCUGUCUGGGGGGAGUGGUCCGAAUGCUCUCAGACCUGUGGCGUGGGCGUCUCACAGAGGAGCAGGAAGUGUUUAUCUCCUCCACCUGCCCACACCCCUCCCGUGUCCCACUCUCCACCUAACUGGGCAGGUUAUUUGCCCGGGGGCAUCGGAGGUCCUGUCAUCUCACCUGUGCGCCCCUACUACCCUCCUCGUUACCCCGGGCAACAGUCACCUUAUCACUCCCCUUCGAUCCCCACCAAUCACAACCCAGGACUGUCGCUGUAUCGGAAUACCAACGCUGGGGGAGGAGGAGGAGGAGGAGGAGGAGGAGGAGGUGGAGGAGGAGCUCCUGUACCGGGACAGGCCAAUCCAUCCUCACCUCUUUACCAGCCAGAAUUCCCCCCAACCAAUCAAGACCAUGUGUCCGUUUAUCGAUCGCCCUACCGCGCCCCUUCACACAGCUACAACCAGCCAUCACGGAUCAUCAGGAGACCGACCAAUCCGGGAGCAGUGAGGGCUGGAGGAGGCGGGAGCAGAAGGUCGGUCUCCCCCAAUCGGGAGAAUUUGCCUUCGAGGAGGUCUUCCAACAUCCGUCCAGGUCAGUUUGGGUAUGGCAGGGUCCCCUUCUCUCUGCCUCUGCAUCGCCCCAACCGGCAGGCUCGCCACACUGCUAAUGGUACUGACACUGCGACAUCGGCCUCUGGACUAGCCGUCAGUGAAGACGACGCAGAGACUACCAGGAGAGCGGAAGAAGAGGCGCGGAUUGAUGGAGAAGACAGGGAGGCUGGAAGGGGUGAGGAAGAGGAGAAGGGCACUGACACACCUGCUGCUGAGGAGUUGCCCACAACGACAACCACAACUGGCAACCCCCACCGUCAUCAUGUUGACAGACCCUUGCACACCAGUACAGAACACGGGAGGGUGAGAGAUCGCUCCUCAUCGUCAUCUCACCUACCCAACCGCCACCGGUUUGAUUGGCACUCCGUCACUGCGCCACAUCCUCCCGUCCCUCCUCUCUCUCGCCCAAACUCCCCCGCCGCGGCUUCACCUUUUUCCACUUCGCUCCAUCGUCCCAGCCCCGUGCACAGAGACAGGGAGCUCCACCCAGGCUUCAGCCCACAGGUCCCACCCGCCGGCAACGUCUACCCCCUACAGCACCCGCACAUCCCGCACAUGGGAGUCGAAUCAGGCAGGGAUGGAGGAAGAGGAGCUCCUCAGGUCUACAGAUGCCCUGGGCCGGAGAAGGAGUUCCGCAGGUGCUUCUCACAGGUGUGUGGAGGAGGUGCAUUGGAGUCCAGAGCAGAGCAGUGUGCAGCCUUUAACACCCAAGAGUUCAUGGGUCGCCUCUACAACUGGGAACCUUUCACUGAGGUUGGUGCGGACAAGCAGUGCGAGCUGACCUGCAGACCUGCCGGCUACCGUUUCUAUGUUCGUCAGGCCGAGCGCGUCAGAGACGGGACUCCCUGCUUUAACGUCAGCUCAAACGAUGUGUGUGUAGAAGGACGGUGUCUGACCGAGGGCUGCGAUGGGGUGCUGGGCUCCGGCUCUGUGAUUGACAAAUGUGGAGUCUGUGGUGGGCGGGAAACCUCCUGUCGAAAGGUGACUGGAAGCUUCCAAAAUGCCACGGUUCCCCUUGGUUACCAUAAGAUCCUUGACAUCCCACCCGGAGCUACAUUCAUUAACAUCACAGAGAGACGAGCCAGUCCUAAUUACCUGGCCAUGAGGAGUGGCACUGGGGCUUCAGUGGUUAAUGGGCGGUGGGCUGUGGACCCUCCAGGGGAGUACCAGGCAGGAGGGACUACCUUCUCCUACACCCGACCUAGAGCACAGGCAGAGGGGGAGGAGGAGAAGGGCGAGUCCCUCAGGGCUCCAGGACCCACCACCACACAGCUACAGCUAUAUAUCAUUUUCCACAAGGAGAACCCAGGCAUCGACUAUGAGUUUUAUAUCCCGGUGGAGAAGAAGGAGGCAGAGAGGGAGAGGCUGACAGAGAGAGAGAGGGAGACACCCAGAGAGGCACCCAGAGAGAGGCAGAGGGAGCGAGAGCCAGGGAGGGCACCCCUUCGCAGUCCUCUUACUGUAUCAGUAGAAGACCCUCCUCCUGCUCCUCCUCCUAUUUCGGUCCCUUCACUUCCCUCUUCCUCCUCGUCCUCGUCCUCUGUGUUUUCUCCCCCCUCCUCGGACCGGUGGACACCUGAGAGGUCACGUCCUCGAGGCUCUGCACCCAACAGGAAUGCUCGGAUCCCCCCUCGCACCGACCUACCUCUGGACACUCAGCCACCGUUUGUGUGGAGGAGAGGCGGACUCACCGACUGUUCUGCUUCCUGUGGCAAAGGUACUCAGUACCGAGUCAUUCUGUGUAUAGACCGCCAUACAGAUGAGGAAGUCCCAGACAGGAAAUGUGAUUCUGCAGCCAAACCUGUCCCCGAGGAGGAGCCUUGUAACACACAUCCCUGCCCACCAUUCUGGGAGGCCAGUUCAUGGUCUGAGUGCAGCGUUUCCUGUGGCCCCGGCGUGCAGCAGAGGCAGCUCCAGUGCAGGCAGAGCUUUGGGGACCGCUCCACCAUGGUCCACCCACAGCGCUGUGCCAACCUCACACCACCAGAGUCCACACAGGCGUGUGAGCUCCGCCUCUGCUCCCACUGGGAGGUCAGCUCUGACUGGAGCACGUGCUCCGUGGACUGUGGAGUUGGGAGGAGGACAAGGAGUGUGCGCUGCCUCAGCGACGAAGGCAGCAUCGUAAACGACAAGGAGUGCAACUCCAGGGCUCGCCCACAGGGAAGUGAGGAGUGCAACAUGGGUCCCUGUGUGACUAACUGGUACUUCACUGACUGGUCCAACACUUGUUCGGCACAGUGUGGCCCAGGGGUGCAGAGGAGGGAGGUGGUGUGUCUGACUCGAGGAGGGGUCAGGGAGGGUGGAAGAGGAGGGGACUGUGUUGGGGACAAACCAGCAGAGAUGAAGGCCUGCAAUGGGGGUCCCUGUGUGGCAACAACCAUGUGGUACAGCAGCCCCUGGACACAGUGUAAUGUCCCAUGUGGGAAUGGAACUCAGCGACGAGACAUCAUUUGUGUCCAGAAGACAGGGAAUGAUUUUACUGUUGCAUCAGCCAGUGAGUGUGCACAUCUGGACAAGCCUGUCGCGGUCCAAGAGUGUGAGAUGGGAGAGUGUCAGCCGCAGUGGUUCACAACAGAGUGGAGCGCGUGCUCACGUUCUUGUGGAAAAGGCUUACAAAUGAGGGAGGUACGGUGUCUAACACAAGAUAAAAAGCACAGCCAUGACUGUGAUUUGCGCCCCAAACCUGAACAGGAGCAAAUCUGCAACACAAUUCCCUGCAGUCCACAAGUCUCAGACGAAAACUGCCGGGACAGACGUCAUAACUGCGUGAUGGUGGUUCAGGCCAGGCUGUGCGUCUACUCUUACUACAAGAGCGCCUGCUGUGCCUCGUGCACCCAGAGUGCUCAGCGUGCCAAGAGGCACUGACCAGCCAAUCACAGACAGCCCAGGUGUGCAAGAAGUCAUGGAUCAGGUCAAAAGGGCUGAUGACAAGUGUGUAGAAAUGGACAGCCCAGAGUAGACAUAAUCCCUGUGACAGCCGUCAGAAAACAUUCAUUUUCUAUUUCCUCCUGAAUCUUCAGGUAAAACACUGUGAAAGCAGCCGGUUCCUUCUUCCAGUUCUCUGCCUACUCUUUUAUAUUGUCUUUUUAGAACCACAAAUUCCACUGAGCUUGCUUGUUUACUUUGUGCAUUAGCUUUAACAGGUUCACAGUGUGUCACACAGGGCUGAGUGAUGCAUUUGCGAUGAUUUAAACUCUUUUCUAUAGCUGAGAGAUUGUAAUGGAAGGUUCUCACUGAGGACACGGCUGUGUUUCAACAGCAAAUUUAGCCUUAAAAAGAAAUUCUCUCUUAUAUACAGGAUCUUAAAACAGAUGACAGAUCAACCAUGCAUACCACUAAUUAUUAAAAUAAAUGUGCUGAACAAAUAAUUACCAUGUAUGCUAGAUAAACUGUGUAUACUGAAUACUGUGUGCUGAAGAUCUACUGGAAUAGAUCUGCUGUGCUUCUGUACAAUGCAGAUGUCUCCCACUGCGCUACAGUGGCCCAACUAAGCUAGAAGGAUUUCAUUAACAUAUCGUAUGUCUUUUUUUUCUUUUUGCCAAAAAUAUUUCCUCAAGUGUCCUCUUAUUGUGCAGUUCAGUAUUUGGACAGAUGAACCAAAGGUGUGGGGGUUGAGCAUGGCAAUAGGUGACCAAAUAUAUCAGAGCAGGAAGAGGUGAGAUUCUUCCCAAACUAGAAGGAUAUAAGACAAAGAUGUAAACAAGCAGCACGGAGUCUGUAGAGUUCUUCAACAAUGUCACUUACAUACAUUGUUUUAAAGAAGGCUGUUGGAGUUAAAAUCCACAGCUAGUUGCAGUUGUGUUUUUACUAAACUUAAGAUGAUGCUGCUGCUAAAAAACAGGAAAAAAAACACAACAAAAUGAAAGAAAUUCUAAAAAUCAAAGUAUCAAGUGAUGAGACUGAUGUUGUUCUGUAUUUUUCUUAUUGUCAACAAAUCACACAAUGUGUUAGUCUGUCAAUACUUUCUGACUUCUCAACCAUGUCUACUGAUGACGUAAAUCUUUAGUAAUUUUCUAAAACAGCUUGGAAAUACGGGGAAUGUGGGAGGGAGAGGAGGGACGACAGGCAGCAAAGGACUCUACCAGGGGAGCUAUCAGGGAGCCCCUGGCACUGUAGUUUUACAGUUAAAAAGACGUUUUUCCUUGCUGCCGUCACCAAGUGCUUGCUCAUGGUGGGAACUGUUGGGUCUCUGUAAAUAAUUUUAUAAGGAGUACGGUCUAGACCUGCCAGAUAACUUUUGUUUUGAAUUGGCGCUAUACAAAUUAAAUUGAAUUGAAUUGAAAUAGUUUUUAGCAAAUGUUUGUUAGUCAAAGAACAGAAAUUAGUGCAUUUGUUUGGUACUUUUAUUCUGCUGCAUAUUCUACUACAUUAGUGAUUAUUUAUUACAUCAGAAUUGACUCAACAAUAAACUGUUCAUGUUUAUCUUAUUGAAGAAACACAUCAUCAAGUGGAACAGUUUGGCUGAAUUGUAUCUUUUUAAUAAUGUUUGGAACUAGUGGACCAGCUGUAUGACACUUUGGCUGGUUUUGGUCUUUUUAUGUGAUUUGUUUGACAAUAAGAAAAAUACAGAAUCUCGCCUUUAACCAUGAAGUCGGUGAUGACACACAGGUUUGGAGAUGUAAAAUGAUUCACUCCUGGCUGACCUAAUUUUAGUGCUCUUGUCACCAUGACAGUUGUGUUGAGGUAUUAAAAGAACAACUUGAUGUCCUCCCUGUUUUCUCACCUCAACUCAAUAUAUAUUUUAUUAUCAUCCAUCGUCUCCUUCUUUGGAGGGGAUGAUGGAUCUGUGAUCUAUGAGAGUCGGUGAAGCCAGAAUUAGGAAAACCUCAUGGAGACUGAGAAAGCUGCUUUCUUAUAACAGUUUUUUUUUUCUAAAUAUGAUUUAGCUCAAGAUAUGGAUCAAAUGCAAUCAUUCUGCUUUGACCUGAAAGUAAAUAUUUUGCAUUCUGAGGCCGCGACCUCUGUAUAUGUGUGUAAGUACUUUUUAAACUUUUCUCUCUUCUGCUCUUGUAAGUUUUUACUUUUUCUCUUUUUCUCUUCCCACACCUCCCAAGAAGAAACACACACACACACACACACACACACACAAAACACCCUCCCCACUCGAGGGUGAGGAGUCUGUAUAUUUGUCAGAUAUGUUUAAUAUCUAUAAUUUCUUUGAAUAAGUAGGCGCUUAUGUUUUAUAACUGAGUAGAUCAGAAGUGUUGUUGUAGACUGCAUUUAUUCACAUCUAACUGUCAUAUAACUUGUAUGUACUUGUGAAUUGUGGAUGUUUGCGUGUGUGAUGUGUCUGUAUGGUUGUGUGUUUUGCGAUCAUGGCUUUGAAUGUGUCAUUCUUGUCUCUAAUCCCUCAUAGUAAAAAUUACUUUUUAUAUAAAAACAAAAAAAGGAUAGUAAUUUAUCUAUUAUCUAAAGAACAUGUAAUUUAUUUUCUGUUUUAAGAAGCUGUAGCGUAUUUUCUUUGUUACCACCAGAGUUUAUGAGAUUUAUGAUACACAGACUUUUUUUUAUUAUCAUGCAAAAACAAAAAACAGUGUGGAAAAACUAUUAUCUCAAAGCUGCAUUUUAAAUAAAAUUGAAACAACAGAGAAGUAAA